AUGGCGUCCCAAGUCGAAGGCGAAUUCAUCACCCCUGCCGAGUUUGAAGAUGACUCACGCUGGAUCCGUGCCGUGAAAGCACACAGUGCAGCCGCGGCCCACCAGCCCAUCACCUCGACGCCACCUGCCUCGACCCUAUCGAACACGCCUGCUCUAUCGCCGAACACCACCCCCACUACUACCACGCUUCGUCGAGAGCUCCCGGCCUUCCCGCCCCCGCCGCCGAUCUACAUCCCGUGGCCGGAGGCGUCAACCACCCCCACCAUCGCUACCAACACCACAGCCAAACCACCGGUAAGCUCGAUAACGCAGCCUCACACGUCGGACUCCAAAAUCGCGGCUCUCGAGGCCGCUAUUGCUGCCCAGCAGCUCCAAAUUCAAGAGCUGUCGCUCCAGCUGCAGGCCGCGCUGGCCCGCCUGUUCUCUCCCGCUCCUCCUCCUCCUUCCCCAGCCCCCGCACCUACACGAAUGCCAUCUCCGCCGGUGCCAGCUGAGGAGUCCAUGAACACGGCACCCUCGGCUGCGUCCUCGCGCGCGUCUUCCCCCACCCGUCGUCCACCGCACAAACGCCGAUCACCCUCCUCCGACGCCAUCGCGCCACACGAGCGUGACGUCGUUCGCGAAACAGUCUCCUUCUUGGAGGCCUUCGAACAGCGCUUCACGGCCCGCUUCGCACGACUUGAGGAGCGCGUCGUCGCUAUCGACACGCGCGUGGCCUUAGAAGCCUUAGAAGCCUUAGUUGCUGCCUUAGAAGCCCGCCAGAGCGCGAGUGAGGCCACCCUCGCGCACCUUUCGCUCCCCGCCCCACUCACCCCGGCACCUACUCCAACUCCGCCCGGUGUCCCUGCCAUUCAUCAUGGCCAGAUAGUGGACUGGGACCGCUUCCGCUCCAUUCGCCUCACUAAUUCCUCUUCUUCUGCUAUCACCGACCUCUCUGCCUGGACUGAGACCCUUUUGGCGGACGUCCGCACUGCCACAUCCACAAUCCCUGCAGCACCCCACUCCUCUAUGGCAGACAGCCGUCUGCUGCACCUCUGGGAGGCAUAUCACGUUGUCCACCGCCGGUGGACACACAAUCGCCGACUGCGCCUCCGUUUGGCUCGGCUCGCGUCGGAAAUGGAGGAGCACUGCUCCUCUCUUCUACGACAACAGUGGGGUCAGACCUGCGACCGUAUGGCCGGCAACCUGGGCCUCCGCGACACGUGGUCACUUCUCAGGGUGCUACUAGACCCCACACACACCAAAGCUUCCCAGCGCAAGGAUAUCUCCCAUCUCCUUCACUCUUCCCCACUCACCGAUACUGAGUUCCUGGCGGCUCUCCGGGACCGCUACCUCUGUACCGACCCCCCUAUUCCUCUUCCCGCUUACACUGGCUCCCCCAACCCCGACCUUGAUGCGGACAUCUCCUUGGGCGAGGUUCGUGCUGCGCUAUUCACGCUCCGCACGACCUCGGCCCCCGGUGCGGACCGCAUCACCAACAAGGCACUCCGUAACCUGGAUACCCCCUCCCUCGAAGCCCUUACUGACCUUCUGAACACACAUUGGCAGGCUGGUACUCUUCCCUCGUCCUGGACCCAUGCACGUGUCUCUUUCAUCCCCAAACCUGGCAAACCUAUUUCCCUCGAGCACCUCCGUCCCAUCUCUCUCACCUCUUGCCUCGGCAAGCUGUUCGAGCACGUAAUCCUGGCCCGCCUCCAAACCUAUUUGGAUGACCGUGACCUAUAUCCGGACUCCAUGUUCGGCUUUCGUCCGCAGUUGUCGACCCAGGACGUCAUGCUCCAGCUCUCCGAGGACGUCCUACACCCCUCCCACCACAAACUCACUCGAGCUAUCCUGGCGCUGGACCUCACCAAAGCAUUCGACAAUGUACACCACACCGCCAUUCUGGACGCUCUCUCUUCCCUUGACGUCGGACCCCGUGUACAUGCUUACAUCACCGCUUUCCUCGCCCACCGCACAGCCGAAAUCUCAUACGGACCACUUUCUUCUCCUUCUUUCUCCCUUGGCAACAAGGGUACUCCCCAAGGCUCUGUCCUGUCACCUAUUCUUUUCAACAUUACCCUCUUCCCAUUCGCACGUGCCCUAAGCACUAUUCCAGCUCUGUCACAUGCUUUCUAUGCCGAUGACAUCACCCUUUGGGUGACCACCGGCAAUAUUGGCGACAUAGAGGCCACCCUCCAGGCGAGUGUGGACGCGGUGACGACUCACGCCCGAGCUAUCGGGUUGAGCUGCUCCCCGACCAAAUCGGGGCUUUUGGUCCUUCUGCCUCGGGGGAUGGCCGCCCUGUCGCCUUUUCCACUCACCGUCUCCGUUGACGGCACACCCCUUCCUCUAGUCUCUACCCUACGCAUCCUCGGCCUCUUUCUUCAGUCCAAUGGCAAGCACACUACCCUCAUCACUCAACUCAGCAACACGGUACACCAGACCAUGCGCCUCAUACGCCGCAUUGCCAACCGUCACUGCGGCAUGCGCGAGCACGACCGCCGCCGCUUGGUCCAGGCCUUUGUUCUCAGCCGCUUCGUCUAUUCUCUUCCAUAUCUCUUCCUUUCUCGCACCGAGGAAGACAAAGUUAACAGCCUUAUUCGCCAGGCGUAUAAGUCGGCCCUGUCCCUUCCCACAUCUACCUCAACGGCUCGGCUACUGUCGAUGGGCGUCCACAACUCCCUCACGGAGCUGACGGAGGCCCAUCGCACGGCCCAGCUCCUUCGUCCCUCCCGCACCCGGCCUCCCCUCUUAUGCCUCUUCCCACCUCUCUGCCCAUCCCUUCCCACGUCUCCUCCCUCCUAA